GCGGGCCCGCUCGCUGACAGCUGCGGGCGCGCCUGGUUCCCGGUCCCGGGGUGCGGGAGCUGGCGGCGGGGAGCGGCCACCAUGGUGCUCUCGGUGCCAGUGAUCGCGCUGGGCGCCACCCUGGGCACGGCCACCAGCAUCCUCGCGCUCUGCGGGGUCACCUGCCUGUGUCGGCACAUGCACCCCAAAAAGGGGCUGCUGCAGCGGGAGCGAGAGCCGGAUCCCGAGAAGGCCGGUGUGCUCCGGUCAGCCCAACAGUUCAAUGUGAAAAAGUCCACCGAGCCUGUGCAACCCCGUACCCUCCUCCAGUUCCCGGAUGUCUAUGGUCCCAGACCAGCCGUGACUGCCCCAGAAGUGAUCAACUAUGCAGACUAUGCACUGCGGACCACAGAGGAGCCUGCAGCACCCACCAGUCCCCCAGCCCCUUGUGACAGUCGUCUUAAGAGGCAGGUCACAGAGGAGCUGUUCAUUCUUCCUCAGAACGGUGUGGUGGAGGAUGUCUGUGUCAUGGAGACCUGGAAUCCAGAGAAGGCUGCCAGCUGGAACCAGGCCCCCAAACUCCAGUACUGCCUGGACUAUGACCAGCAGAAGGCAGAACUGUUUGUCACUCGCCUGGAAGCUGUGACCAGUGACCAUGAGGGCGGCUGUGACUGCUAUGUUCAGGGCAGUGUGACCAACAGGACAGGCUCUGUGGAGGCCCAGACAGGACUAAAGAAGCGGCAGCUGCGCACCGUGUGGGAGGAAGGCCUGGUGCUCCCCCUGGCUGAGGAGGAUCUGCCCUCAGCAAUCCUGACGCUGACCCUGCGCACCUGUGACCGCUUCUCCCGACACAGUGUGGUCGGGGAGCUGCGCCUGGGCCUGGACGGGGCCUCCGUGCCCCUACGCACCCCACAAUGGGGCGAGCUGAAGACUUCGGGAAAGGAACCAUCUACAGGAACCGGAGAGGUCUUGCUGUCCAUCAGCUACCUCCCAGCUGCCAAUCGCCUGCUGGUCGUGUUGAUUAAAGCCAAGAACCUUCACGCCAACCAGUCCAAGGAGCUCCUAGGAAAGGAUGUCUCUGUCAAGGUCACCUUAAAGCACCAAGCUCAGAAGCUGAAGAAGAAGCAGACAAAACGGGCCAAGCACAAGAUCAACCCCGUGUGGAACGAGAUGAUCAUGUUCGAGCUGCCAGACGACCUGCUACGGGCUUCCAGUGUGGAGCUGGAAGUGCUGAGCCAGGAAGAGUCAGGGCAGAGCUGCUCCCUGGGCAGCUGCAGCCUGGGUCUGCACACCUCGGGCUCCGAACGCAGCCACUGGGAGGAGAUGCUCAAGAACCCACGGAGGCAGAUCGCCAUGUGGCACCAGCUGCACCAGUAACCAUGCCAGUGGAGGAGCGCCCCCUGGCAGUCAGCCUGGGUAUCUUCUGCGACCUCGUAUCCAUCUUCAUUCAGAACACAGACUUGGCAGAAGCCAGCCCCUUGUUUCUCUCUUAUCCCAGGAUAGGGAAAUGCAAAAAAGUGGGACGCACGGGGUCUCGGUCCCAGGGAGUAACACCAUAUGCUCCUCUAAAUUCUUUAAAGUGACAGAAUCAACCAACCCAGCAUGGUGCCAGGGUCUCCAGAUGGAUGCAGAGGAUGUGGAGGAAUGAGUGAUGUUAGAACAGAAAA